AGCUACACGGACAAACACUGUCAGACUAUCUCAGCGGUUCAGUGUGAGAAAGAGAAAUGACUGAUCUCUUCAGCUGUGACGUUUAUUUUUAUUAAGAAACAAGCUCAAAGCGGAAGGAAUUGACGGAGAGAUGGAGCAGGAGUUUGAGGACAUAGAUUCAGAAGGCCGCUGGCAGAACAUUUACUUAGAGAUACGCAACCAGUCGCAUGAAUGUGCAUUCAAAGUGGCCAAGUAUCCAGAGAAUCGCAUUCGAAACCGAUACAGAGACGUGAGUCCAUUUGAUCACAGUCGAGUGAAAUUGGAAAAUACAGAAAAUGACUACAUCAAUGCCAGCCUGGUGGUAAUGGAAGAAGCCCAGAGGAGGUACAUACUUACCCAGGGUCCUCUGAGAAACACCUGUGGUCACUUUUGGCUGAUGAUCUGGGAACAGAAGACCAAAGCAGUCAUCAUGCUUAAUAGAGUAAUAGAGAAAGGCUCGGAAAAGUGUGCACAAUAUUGGCCGACACAAGAAGAGAGAGAGAUGUCUUUUCGUGACACGCGUUUUGUGGUAACACUAGUGUCAGAAGACGUGAAGUCAUAUUAUACCACCAGAGUGCUGGAACUCCAGAACGCAAAUACGGGGGAGACGAGAGAGAUCUAUCACUUUCACUAUACCACAUGGCCUGACUUUGGCGUCCCAGAAUCCCCAGCCAGCUUCCUUAAUUUCCUGUUUAAGGUGCGAGAGUCUGGUUCACUCGGGAUGGAACAGGGUCCAGCAGUUGUCCACUGCAGUGCCGGAAUUGGGAGAUCUGGAACAUUCUCUCUGGUUGACACUUGUCUUGUCUUGAUGGACAAAAGAAAAGACCCAUUAUUGGUGGACAUCAAAAAGAUUCUUCUAGACAUGAGAAAGUACCGGAUGGGUUUGAUUCAGACCCCUGAUCAGCUGCGUUUUUCAUAUAUGGCUGUGCUGGAGGGUGCCAAGUACAUUAUGGGAGACUCGUCUGUGCAGAAACAAUGGCGAGAGCUUUCCAGAGAGGACCAAGAGCCCCUGUCUGAGUCUCCCCCUCCACCGCAGCCCCCUAAAUGCACAGAACGCUACAAUGGCAGCAAACCAGCUCAUCUGGAGGAUGGGAUCGACUCAAAGACGGGAAAGAAAACAGGGCCAGAGGCCCCCAAUAAAGAACCAGACAGGGAUGCUGGAACACAAGCUCGCAAGCGGCUUCGAGAUGAGAAGAUGUCCAACCCCUCGCAGAAGACCCAGAAGCAGACGAAACCCAGGAUCAAUGACCCUGAUAAAAAAAGAAAAAGAGCGAGAACAACCAAUGACUCCUAACUCCAUGGCAACCUCAGCAAGAGAUCUCCAUCCCAUAUCUCUCUCCCCAUCCCACCCCUGUGUUUUCAAAGCCGUUUACAGCAUGAACUCCUCGACAAGGUUUCUCCACUCUGAACAACAGCACACACACCAGCACUAUAUCAGUGGACGAAACUCAAUAAUAUCAAGAGGACCGCAUCGCCAUGGUUUGGAUUGGUUUUUAUUUUGUCGGACAUAUCAUCUUUUCUGUUUAGUUUGCUUUUUGUUUUGUUGGGGGGAAAAAAAAAACAGCAGGAUCUGAAAGUAGGUCUACGCGUUUCUAAUGCUGUUCACACAUUGUAUUUUUAAGACGACUUUUUUUCAAAGGCAAAAUGAAAUGCUCUAUUUUUUAUAUGAAAUUACUUGAAAUUUCCUAUCAUAUCUACAGGGCUGUAAUGCUCAAAUCCAGUUUGUGAGAUUAUUAGAUGACGUCCUAUUGACGCGUGAUCACAUUGUGUACAUAGUCUACCUUCUGAAAUGUAAAAAAACAAAACAAAACAUAAUAAUAAGAUUGUACAAAAUGAUAAACAGACAUUGCGUUAGGUGAAGACACACAGAACAAGCCAGCUGUGUCUGAUGUUGAAGAGUCUUACUAUUCUUAAUUCAGGAGUAGGAUCCAUGAAAUAAAACUGCUACUAUUUUUUUUUCUGUAA